CCUCCUCUGGGGGGAUGUGUCUUUCUCUCGGUGUGUGUGUGAGUGUGAGAGCGAGUGCGUGUGUGCGUGUGUGUGUGCUCGCUGCUCCGCUGACGCCGCUGCGUGUAAGACUAGCCGCGUCCGCAGCCUCUUCCCGGACUCUUCGCCACCGAGGCCCUUCGCACAAUAAAUAUGGCAGCAGAACUUUCCACCUCCAUAAACAUCAAGGAGCCCCGCUGGGACCAGAGCACGUUCAUGGGCCGAGCCAAACACUUCUUCACAGUCACAGACCCCAGAAAUGUCCUCCUCACCAACGAACAGCUGGAGCACGCGCACAAGAUCAUCACAGACUACAGGAAAGGCGUGGUGUCUCCGGGGCUGACGGAGGAUGAGCUCUGGAGGGCCAAGUAUGUGUUCGACUCCGCCUUCCACCCGGACACUGGCGAGAAGAUGAUCCUGAUCGGCCGCAUGUCAGCACAAGUUCCCAUGAACAUGACCAUCACCGGAUGCAUGAUGACGUUUUACAAGACGACCCCAGCUGUUGUGUUCUGGCAGUGGAUCAAUCAGUCCUUCAACGCUAUCGUCAAUUACACCAACAGAAGUGGUGACGCUCCCAUCACAGUCGGUCAGCUGGGCACGGCGUACGUGUCGGCCACGACAGGAGCCGUGGUCACCGCGCUGGGUCUCAACUCUCUGUCCAAGCAUGUCUCACCACUCAUCGGGCGCUUUGUUCCCUUCGCUGCUGUAGCGGCAGCCAACUGCAUCAACAUCCCGCUGAUGAGGCAACGGGAGCUCAAACACGGCAUUCCCAUCACGGACGAGAACGACAACAGGUUAGGGGAGUCCACCAAAGCAGCACAACAAGCCAUCUCUCAGGUCGUGGUCUCCAGGAUUCUCAUGGCAUCUCCAGGAAUGGCCAUCCCCCCGUUUCUGAUGAACCAUUUGGAGAAGAAGGCAUUCCUGAAGAGGUUUCCAUGGAUGAGUGCACCCAUUCAAGUCGGCCUGGUGGGAUUCUGCCUGGUGUUCGCCACGCCGCUCUGCUGCGCCCUCUUCCCUCAGAAGAGCUCCAUAUCAGUCAGCCGUCUAGAGCCGGAGCUGCGGGAGAAGAUCCGAGCCAGUCACCCCGGAGUGGAGAGGGUCUACUUCAACAAAGGUCUAUGAGUGUCGGACCCGCCUCCUCCAAACACUGCCAGACCCCCCGGUCAGGCCCGACCCGCGCCCUCGGCCUCGGCCCUCCUCAUUCAGUGUGCCAAAGUUGAGUUUGCGUCUUCAGCGCCGUCACAGAGAUUCCCGCAGAAGUAUUUUGAUUCAGAUGUCUACGUUUCUUUCUAUUAAUGGCCAAGCUAAUUAAGUCAUUGUAAUUUCACCGUGUGAUUCCCAGAUUCUGUGUCAUGGUGUUAGGCCCAUCACACACACACACACACACACACCAUGAGGUUCAUGACGAAAUCCCGACCCGAGAAAAUGUGACGCAGCAUACCAGCGAACUUGGUGCUAUUUAAUACAGAGGUAAUCCCAUCAUAUUUAUUCAAGCGUGAACAAACCACUCCUGUAGGCGACUUUUGAUAUUUACCCAGGGUCCUCUGCUUCAACGCGAAACCAAACACUUUCUGGAUUAGUCAGUCGAUCCGUCGAUGCGUUUACGAUGAAUUCAAGAUCAUCACUGCUUGUUUUUAGACUGUAGAACUACACUGAAAUUGAAAAAAAAAAUCGAUAGUAAGGAAGAACAUUCAAAUACUUUCUCUGAACUGAACUUUUUAGAUACGCUAGCUGCAAAAUUGUAGCCAACACUACAUAAAAAAAUACUUAGCUUUCAUUAGUAAAUCUCCAACCCAGUUUGGCCCCCUUCCGGUCGACACAGAAAUAGGCAUUUUGUCUUAAACUCAAGUGUUUUCAGGACUCAUAUGCUUCAGGUACCAGUCGUUUUAAACAG